ACCUGUAAGAAUGUUUUGGAGAUCCACUUAUAAUGUGAGCUUGUUAAAAGAAAAAUAGUAGAACUUGUUGUUUUUAUUAUUUAUAUGUUUUAUACUGCAAAAUCGGCUUUAGUUUCCAGGAAGGAACUAAAAACGACUACCGAAAUUUGUACUUCCAAAGCAGUGCCAAGCAUGGCAGCUGUCCAGUUCAUUCAUCAAUAUUAAUUAAUAGUUAGGGUGGAUCAAUUUUUGAAUAUUUGUUGUGCUUUUGGAAGUCUUGUAACAAAUUCAAAUCAGUGCAAAUAAAUCAAAUUUAAAAUAGUAAUUGAAAUCAUUUAGAAGCACCCUAAGAGCCCCAACCGAAUUCCGAGAAUUGUGACCAGUGAAAUUUUCGACAAUGCUACUUAAAAUUCGCAGCAACAGGUAUAAGAACAGCUCGUUGAACCGAGUUUGUGUCCGAAGUUAACCCAGUCAACGUCAUGUUCAGAAAUUUGGUAUGCUUUCUUUUGUUAGGUGUUGUGCUUUCUACAAGUAACGUUGAACCUGACGGAAUUGGUGAUGAUGGCGGUCAUUUUGGAUAUGAAGUUCUGCAGCAUCGACUCGAUCACCUGCAGCAUAGACAUGACAAAUUGGCUAAACAUUUGAUUCAAGUCGAAGAGUCAUCUGAACGCUUGAUGGAGAGGCACUACAUGAUGAUGAAUCAGCUUUUAAGCGGAAUAUCGACUAUAACUAACAUCUCUAGUGAAAUUCUUAAGCAACAAACGCCACAAUCAAAACGGGUUAUAAACUGCUGCAAAAUGGUGUCCACCUCGGGAAAGUACCAACUUCAGCUGUCCUCCAAGGCCUUACGCAGCGCGGUUUAUUGCGACAUGGACACGUUCUUCGGCGGUUGGCUCGUUCUCCAGCAGCGGCUGGAUGGUUCCGUCAACUUUACCCGCACCUGGCUGGAGUACCGGAACGGGUUCGGAACGGUCGGAGAAUCGACAGAGUUUUGGCUGGGCCUUGAACUGCUGCACCAACUUACGAACAGUGGCCAGUACGAGCUGCUGGUUGAGCUGAAAAACGAGGCCGGAAAGUACGGCUACGCUCGGUACACGGACUUUCGGGUUGCCACCGAGGAGGACAAGUACCGGAUGGUGCAGCUGGGCGAGCACAGCGGCACACUUCCGGACUAUUUGGGCUAUCACAGAAAUAGAAAAUUUUCGACUUUUGACCAGGACAACGAUGAUCAGAGGGGGGAAAGCUGUGCUGUGAGGUAUUUCUCUGGCGGAGGAUGGUGGUAUGGGAGUUGCGCUUACAGCUCACUUAACGGAAAAUUCACCAAAAAUGGGGAAGGAUAUGGAAUUAAUUGGUUCGAUUGGUCCAAAGCUGCCACGUUUAGCCGGAUGAUGAUUCGUCGGAAGUAGGUUUGAAAAGAUUUUAUUUUAUUUAGCAAUGAUUAAUCAUGGUGGUUAGAAGAAAUAUAAUGCUGCAAUUUUA